AUGCCAAGAUAUAAUUUGGCUAGACAAAAAGUAUCGAGUGAAUUCAAUUUGGAUAAUAAGAACUAUGUAGAGUCUUUAAUAGUUUUAAGUUUUCCAGGUAUAAUUACUGCUGUAGUUGUGUUAAUAGUUGGAUGUAUUGUCAUGGUCAUGAGAAGUUACAUCAGUUGUACCAAAGCUCCAAAGGAACCAGAGCUUCCACCAGGUGUUGUAUUUGACGACGUUGCCACUUUUGAUACCAACUCUAUGUUGGAUUUCGAAUAUAAGUAUCCUAAAUCUUAUAAAUCUCCUGCUUGUCUUAGACUAGUAAAAUUUUUCUUAUUUUUAAUUAUUGUAACUACUUUGGUUGGAGCCAUAUUAGGAUUGACAUCAAAUAGUUUAGUUAGUAAAGAGGUGAAUGGAUUUUUCUCUACAAUUGAAAAAUCAACAAAGGAAGCAAGAGAUGUUGUAUAUUUUGUAAAGGGAGGUUUGGCUGGUUCAGUUGAUAAUGCAGGCUCUGUUGUUGACAAUUUGAAUGCUCUGGUAUCAGAGGUUAGCGAUGCUUAUCAAUCAUCAAGAAAGGCUAGAAUCUGUGAAUCCAACUUGAAUACCUUGAGAGAAACCAUUAUUACUAUGGGAUACAUCAUUGCGAUUCUUGCAUGUGGAUGUGGUGUAUUUGGUGUUGUUAAUGGAAAGUCUUGGUCAUUUAUGUUUCUUACCCAAAUGGCAUUGUUAACCAUAUGUGUCUCUCUUCUCGGUCUUGGUUUACAUCUUCCUCUCUCUGCUGGUUCCGACGACUUGUGUUCCAAUCUCAAUCAAUAUGUCAAUACACACCAACCAUCUGUAUGGAUGUCCAAUUGGUUGAAUUGUACUUCCUCACCAGAGAGUAUUGCUGCAGUCGACUAUGCACAGGCCAAUGUUAAUAAACUGCUCGAACUGCUCAAUACUUACACUCAAGAGUAUCUACAACAGACCUAUACAAUGGAAAAUAUUGCAACUCUAAGAAUUGCUGCGCUCAGAGCACAGCUACCAAUUGAAGUGAUUCCCCAAUUUGAUGCACUGUUUGAUAAAGAUUCUAUCAAAGCAAUUACAUCGCUUCCUAAACUGAUACAGAUUGCAGGUGACACCUCAUCUCUCUACAAUGAAUAUUACAUUGUUGUUGUUGUAUUAUAUUACUUUUCACAUUGCACAUAG